CCUCCUCUUUCCACCCUCACCAUUUUCCUCUGAGAGAGAGAGAGAGAGGGGAAAUGGGACGCGUGAUCAGAGCUCAGAGGAAGGGUGCAGGGUCGGUGUUCCGUUCGCACACCCACCACCGGAAGGGUCCGGCGAGGUUCCGGUCGCUUGACUUCGGGGAAAGGAAUGGUUACCUCAAGGGGACGGUGACGGAUGUCAUCCACGACCCUGGGAGGGGUGCGCCGCUCGCACGGGUGACCUUCCGCCACCCCUUCCGUUACAAACAUCAGAAGGAGCUAUUCGUUGCCGCCGAGGGCAUGUACACCGGUCAGUUCGUCUACUGCGGCAAGAAGGCUACUCUCUCCGUUGGCAACGUCCUCCCACUCCGAUCCAUCCCCGAGGGAGCCGUUGUGUGCAACGUCGAGCACCAUGUCGGAGACCGUGGUGUUUUCGCUCGAUCCUCCGGGGACUACGUUGUCGUCAUCUCCCACAACCCGGACAAUGGAACCACCAGGAUUAAGCUUCCUUCUGGUGCCAAGAAGAUUGUACCUGGCGGUUGCAGAGCCAUGAUUGGCCAGGUUGCUGGUGGUGGUAGAACUGAGAAGCCUAUGCUCAAGGCAGGCAACGCUUAUCACAAGUACAGGGUGAAGAGGAACUGCUGGCCCAAGGUUCGGGGUGUUGCUAUGAACCCAGUCGAGCAUCCUCAUGGUGGUGGUAACCAUCAACACAUUGGGCACGCCAGUACUGUUCGCCGUGAUGCUCCUCCUGGCCAGAAGGUUGGUCUGAUCGCUGCUAGAAGAACUGGUCGUCUCAGGGGACAGGCUGCUGCUACUGCUGCCAAGGCAGAAAAGGGUGCUUAAGAUACAUUCCUUUCUAGGUCUCUCUUUUGUUUUAGGUUGUCGAAAAUUCUGCGUUUUUGUUUGUAGGCAGUUUUCUCGGUGUAUUUCUUGGAACUCAUCCUUUGUGGGAUGGAGCUCGUUGUUGGCCAUAGUGUCAACAUGGUUCAACAUUUUUUUGGGGUUGGAUUCGCUAUAAAUGUGACAGGUCUGAUUGGUUCCUAUUUUUA